AUGUCUGACGGAAAGAAAAUGACGUCCAGCCGUCGGCAUCAUCUGAAGAGUUUGAUGCUGCAGAUCGCCGCCGGCUGGAUCGUGCAGGAGAAGAAGGACCUCAUAGUGGCCAAGGAGACGUAUAUGUCCGAGAACUGCCCCGACCCCGACCUGAGCGGAGACCAGGCCAUCCUCAUGGAACUCUGUAAGAAGCUCCACCAGAUGAUCGACAAGAUUGACGAGGCGAGGUACGACGCCGAGUCCAAAGUCCACAAGAGCGACACUGAGAUCGACGAUCUGAAGCUGAAGGUGGUGGAGUUGGCCGGAGUGAAGAAGCCGGCCCUGAAGAAGGUCCGUAUGUCAGCCGACGCCAUGCUGCAGGCUCUGCUGGGAGGGAAACACAAGGUGACCAUGGACCUGAGGGCCAACCUGAAGCAGGUCAAGAAGGAGGUCAAGGAGGAGUCGACAGAGGCGGGAGACUGGCGUAAGAACAUUGAGGAUAAGGCCGACAGGAAGAAGAUGUUCGAGACUUCCUAA